UAUGGACAUAAUCCAUGGAUGUCGUACUGAUAUCACAGUAUUAAACGGUGACUUUGGGGCUCAAUCACCCGCAGGGCUGCAGCUUCAACGCGGGAAAUAACAGAGGUUUUUAAAAAUAGUGAGUGAUAUAACAAUCUAAAGCAUGAGCGUGUAUUACGCGGACUACCACCACCAAACAGUGGGAAUGAAUAGUCGAGCGACCGGCGAAAGCUGGAUCGCCAACGCCGCGGUGAGCCGAGCUCCCGUCGAUGCCUCGCCCAUCCUUACCCCGCUCAAUGAACUCACCACAUCAUCGGGCCACCAUCAAAAUUCACAACAUUUUCCUCAAAGCAACCUCGACAGUACUUUCCCAUUUUUCAUGCCUCAUCAGUUUUACCCUCACCACACCUCGGACUCCUACCCACCCCAACCUGGGAAGUCAUAUAGCUCCUGCAGUCUCGGUUCGUCCUCGGCAUCAUCGAGCGGUCAACACCCCGUCGUCACCCCGUACUCGUCAACGCUCUUCGAUCCGUGCAAACAAAACGAUCUCGGCUCCUCAUACCUCGCUUUCAAGGCAACAGACUUUCAAAAGCAAGAUCUAGAUGCUUCUGCAGACAGGGAGAUUCGAGAUAUAUCAGCAGUGAGAUGUAGUAAGGAACAAGAUGGAGAGAAGAUGGCUUUCUACCCUUGGAUGAAAAGUAUCAGUCCAACUUCCGAUGGCAAAAGAGGGCGACAGACAUACACUCGACAGCAAACACUGGAGUUGGAGAAGGAGUUCCACUUCAGCCGCUACGUGACAAGACGUCGUCGCUUCGAGAUCGCCCAGAGUCUCGGGCUCAGCGAAAGACAGAUCAAGAUCUGGUUCCAGAACCGGAGAAUGAAAUGGAAGAGGGAACAUGGAUCAAACUGUAGUAUGACAAACCAGCAGGAUCAAAUGCCCACAUCGGAAGAUGAUGAUGAUAAUAAUGAUGAUGAUGAUGAUGCUGAUGAUGAUAAUGAUGAUAAUGAGGAGGAGGACGACGACGACGAGGAGGAUGAUGAUAAUGAUGAUGAUGUAGAUGACGAUGAUGAUGAUUAG